AUGGCUUCCAAGCCAUGCUACUUUCUCGCGCCUACACGUACAUGCCCACCGGAGGGCCCCAUCAGACUCAGUGGUAUCAUAUCAUCACCUUCUUUACCAGAUGAGCCGAUCAACACGUCUACUCCCCCAUUAGAAUCAUGCUCCAUCUUUACCCACAACCAGCGUAACUGGACGUCAUGGAAUGCCAAAUCGAAGAGCGGCCGCAUCGGCGUCUGGGGAUCCUUCCUACAAUCCAUACUCGGAGCGGGCGGUGACCUGGGUAACAUGCGCACAAAUUGGUUUGUGCCAAGCCAAGAAUACAUCGAAUUGGCUAUCUGGGAAGAGUCUGUCAGAAGAUAUAUUAUCGCCAAUAAAUUCCGUGAAAGGCUGUUCAUGAUUACUGGCGUUAUGAUCGCUUCUGGAGCUUCCGGAGUUAGUAAAGUCAUACAGGACCAGGGUUUCUAUACGCAUGCGGGGGUAGAUGCCACGCUAUUUUCUGGCGUUCCACUGGGCGCAGGCCCAGAAUAUGAGUGCCAUAGGACUGCAAGAACAGAGGCGGAAUUCGGAGAUGUAGAUGAUUUCGUGUUUGCGUUUCGUCUAAGGCAGAUCAAGGUUAAGAAGACUGGAGAAGUCAAACACGCCCAAUACAACAAAGAUGCUCUAUUCGAUCUGGAACGAUUCAAGGACAAAUACGAAAAGACGGCCAAGGACGACGGAUUAGUGGAAAUGGAGAUUGAAGGCUUCGCGGAGAGCGAUGCGACUGGUGAUGAUUUUGGACUCGAUGGCGAGGAAGUGAUAGAUGAGGACACAGGAGAAAAAUGUCUUUGCGUCAUUCCGGAAGACUAA